AUAAGAAAAAUGUUACAUAGACACUACUUUAAUCUUAAUUACUUUAUUAAAUCCAUCUUACAAACUGCAUGCAAUACCUACCUAUAUCCUUCUUGCUGCUUCAAGCAUGGCUUUUAGCUCUUCAUCUUUCAUCUCUUACAAGAAAGAACACUUGGGUUACUUUGUUUUUCCUUCAUCAUUUCCAUGCUCCUUUAUCACUAAUAUGAAAUGCAAGAAAACAAUAUCAAAGAAUAUUGUUUCUUUGGUAUCACCGGUGAAGAACAAACGCAACCCUUCAGCAACUGGCUCAAGUAAAACUCCAAUGACUACGACGGAGAAGAUACUCGCUAGAGCUUCUGAGAAGCCUGAGGUUAAGCCGGGGGAAAAUGCAUGGGUUAAUGUAGAUGUUUUGAUGAUCAACGAUAUCACUUGUCCUGGUGUCUCAGGGAUCUUCAAGAGAGAGUUUGGAAGCACUGCAAAGGUUUGGGACCCUGAAAAGAUUAUAGUUAUCCCGGACCACUACAUAUUCACAAAUGAUGAACGUGCGCACCGUAAUGUGGAUACUGCAAGAGAAUUUUGUAUGGAGCAAGAUAUAAAGUACUUCUAUGAUAUUCAAGAUCGCAGUAACUUUAGGGCAAAUUCUGAUUAUAAAGGUGUUUGUCAUGUUGCUCUUGCACAAGAGGGUCAUUGCAGACCUGGAGAGGUCUUGCUCGGUACAGAUUCACAUACGACAUCAGCUGGAGCAUUUGGUCAAUUUGCCACUGGAGUUGGCAACACUGAUGCAGCUUUUAUAUUGGGGACAGGGAAGAUCUUACUCAAGGUGCCUCCAACAAUGAGAUUUGUAAUUGAUGGCGAAAUGCCAAACUAUUUGCUCGCGAAGGAUCUAAUUUUGAAUAUCAUUGGCGAAAUAUCUAUGUCUGGUGCAACAUACAAAACGAUGGAGUUUGUUGGGACCACCAUUGAAACUUUAACUAUGGAAGAAAGGAUGACAUUAUGCAAUAUGGUUGUAGAAGCUGGAGGAAAAAAUGGUAUUGUUGCUGCUGACAGGACCACAUACAAAUACCUUGAGGAUAAGACAUCUACUCCCUACGAACCAGUUUUCAGUGAUGAGAAAGCAAGGCAAGUCCAGUUCCUUCCUCAAUUCUCAUACAUAUCCAAUUAUAAUUGUUUUUUUCAUCCGUUUGGGAUAAAUGAAGGAUAUAUAGAAAAGAGUCCUAUAAAUAUUAAAAGUUUUGGUGGAGAUUUGAUGUUCCGGUCUCUCAAUGGUCUUGGUCAUUUGUCUAGUGUUGCUCCCAAUAUUCCAACAGUUACCAUAUUUGACAGGUCAGAGAUACCACAUUCUCCUGAUAACCGUGCUUUGGCAAGAGAAUGCAACAAUGUUAAAAUUGACCGAGUAUACAUUGGAUCAUGCACUGGUGGAAAGACCGGAGAUUUUAUGGCUGCAGCCAAAGUUUCCUUAGCUGCUGGGAAAACUGUCAAGGUUCCUACUUUUCUUGUUCCUGCUACCCAAAAGGUUUGGAUGGACAUAUAUACGCUUGAGGUACCUGGCUCGGGUGGAAAGACAUGUUCAAAGAUAUUUGAAGAUGCUGGUUGUGAUCCACCUGCAAGUCCUAGUUGUGCUGCAUGUAUGGGUGGCCCAAAAGACACAUAUGGACGCAUAAAUGAACCCAAGGUCUGCGUCUCAACAACAAAUCGAAAUUUUCCUGGCAGGAUGGGGCACAAAGAAGGCCAGGUGUAUCUUGCUUCCCCGUAUACUGCAGCGGCGUCUGCCUUAACAGGUUUUGUAACCGAUCCAAGAAAUUUCUUGCAGUGAUAUAGCAUAUGCAAAAAUCAAUUUCUACUUUCUUUACAUAACAGGAAGAAACCAAAUUUAUAUAUGAAAAUAAUAAUGUAAUUUAAGUCAAUUGUUUUUCUCACAAGUUAGAGUCUGUUAGUGUAGAGCAUAUUGUUACAACUUGGCAGCAAUCCACAGAAUUGUUAGAUUAGAUCAUUACAACAACUUAUGUAUACAUUCAUGCCUAGAUAUGCAAGUAUUUCUGUUGAAAUUCACAUGCAACAACACCUGAAUAAUGUAAUGUGGUUCUUCACAUACGAACUUCCUGUAUCAA